AUGACCCUCUUCUGGACGGAGCCUUCGGCUCACUUUGCCGGUUGGGUUUACAUACAGAAUGAACCGGCCAAGGCAAUUAUCCAGGCGACUUGGGCAUCCUCUCAGCCAUCGACUUAUCACUAUGUCAACAUCAACCUGUUUUGCGACUGUUCGAGAUCUAGAACAUCAGACGAAGGCGGUAUUGCAGUGGUGUACCGGCCCUGGCUGCCCGGCCUACGAGUCUCCCUAACUGAGAUAUUAGUUACGGAGGCCUGGCCCGUCAAGCCUUUGUACGACACCAAUCUGGGCGAGUUACUCGCGAUCUCGGAAUCCUUGGUUAUCGCUACGCAGCAGAUCCGCCAGUUCGCCGAAACAUCAUCGACGUCUGCCCAGCCCGUUAUAGUUAGGAUCUUCAGUGAUUCGAUGAAGAGUUUAAACCAUUUUCAGGGCCAGACACUCCUUCGCGACGACAUCCAGGUUCUUGCUAGCCCAGUCCUGGAUCUCAUUGCCCAGCAAUCGGCGGCUCUCCACCAACAAGGGGUUAUGGUUCACUUGGAACUGCACUGGAUUCCUGGUCACGGGCACCACGUUCAGCCGCAUGUCGAGGCGGACGCCUUCUCGCGUCUUGCCAGCGUGCGCCAAACUGCGUAUUCAACCAUCACCGGAAAUCGCUGGCCCCUCCACGAAGAGGCUUCUGUAGUGCGGCACUUGCAUCAACAGAUGGCUGACGCGGCUUACAAAGCGGCUGAUCACAUCGCCGGGCUUGGUGAUCGACUACCCUCCCGCCUUCCACAGGCCGGAUCCCCGAGCACUACCAGUACCGAGACAAGCUCGGAGCCUGACCCGCGGUAG